AACAGUAAGAAGUCUCAGAUUACCUUAUUAACAUAUUUUUAGCAUAUGCAUUAGUAAUCUGUCAAUAUGGAGAAGGAGCACGGUGAAAGUGAACCCAAACAAGAGGAUUUCGAUUUUGUGUUGUACCGUGAAGUGGGGCAGUUCGGGAAAUAUCAGUUACUAACCAUCGGUCUACUGGCUAUACCUUCUCUGAUAUGUGCCUUCAUGGCUGGAGACUACAUAUUUACAGCCGGCAGCCUGCCCACUCGGUGUGCGGUGCCGGAGUGUGACGGACUAGCCCCGCAGUACUUACCGGAUUGGCUAUCAUACGCAGUUCCCACCACCGAAUCCGGAUUUGAUAACUGUCACCGAUACGCCAACGUCAGCAGCGCUGUCAUAUCGCCCGACGGACUUUGUUCUGCAAGCCUAUUCGACAGAGAUAUAAUCGUACCAUGUGACGGUUACGUAUACGAGAGAACAAACACUAUCGUGUAUGAUUUCAACAUCGAAUGCCAAGAGUGGUUGAGAACUUUACCUGGCACGCUGAACAGUGCAGGAGGAAUGGUAGCUCUUAUACUUGCAGGAUUUAUUUCUGAUCGUCUCGGCAGACGAAUGUCUAUAGUUUUCUUUUCGUUCAAUAUUGCUUUAGUAGGAGUAAUUCGUGCAUUUUCUGUGAAUUUUGCGAUGUACACAGCGUUACAAUUUAUGCAGACUGCAAUUGGCGGAGGUGCAUUUAGCGCUGCCUACAUAUUGGCUGCAGAGAUAGUGGGGCCGCAGUACCGCGUGAGAACGAGCGCCACCAUAUCCAGCAUGUUCGCGCUCGGACAAGUUGUUCUUGGCCUACUUGCCUAUGCUAUACCUGCAUGGAAAACUCUCACACUGGUGCUAUAUGUACCUGUGUUUCUUUUAGUUUCUUACUACUGGAUUCUCUCUGAAAGCUUCCGCUGGUUACUAAGUGAAAAUAAGCAAGAGGAAGGAAAAGCUACCUUAGAAUAUGCUGCUCGAUUGAACAAUAAGCAAAUAUCUGAGAAAAACAUGAACUUCUUGUUGACAACGAUACACAAACAGGUGGAAGAAAAUAAACAGAUUAACGAUGAGAGUCUUUUCUUCAAAGUAAUAAAAUCUCCCGUCUUGUUGCGGAGAUGUUGUUCUACGCCAAUAAUGUGGAUGACAACUGUGUUCAUUUACUACGGCUUAUCAAUCAAUUCAGUUAGUUUAUCAGGAAAUAUGUACUUGAAUUACAUUGCAAUUGCUGCUAUCGAGAUACCCGGCUUCUGGACAGCAGUCUUGUUGUUAGACAGGAUGGGAAGGAGAAUAACACUGUUCUGUGGUUUCAUGGUCUGUGCAGUCUGUUGUGCAGCUUUCGCUUUUAUUCCAAAAAGUAUGUACUCUUUAUCUCUGAUCCUGUAUUUGAUAGGAAAAUUCUGUAUAGGUUUAGUGAUGACUUCUUUGUACUUGUACACAGCCGAACUGUAUCCUACUCGGUACAGGCAUUCAUUUUUAGGUUUUUCUUCAAUGCUGGGGCGCAUAGGAUCUAUAGUGGCACCACUUACCCCAGCUCUUAUGAUUUACUGGUCAGGUAUACCUUCAAUAAUGUUUGCAAGUACAGCGAUAAUUUCAGCUAUUUUAGUCCUUACUCAACCUGAAACUUUUGGCCAAAAAGUACCAGAUACAAUUGAAGACGCAGAGCGCCUUGGUAAAAACUAAAAAAUAUAUAUAUUUACCUAAAAAUACCUAUAUUUCAUAUUAAAACAUUUUUAUAUUUAUAAUACUCACCUAGCUGUGGAACAGCGCCCUCUACGUUUCAUUUCGAAAUGUUAAUGCUUCGCGUAGUGUGUCACCGUGAUCGCCGCUACGUAGUUUUCAGUAGAAAUUUUACCUCGCUACGCCGCUACGGGCUUGAG